CACACACGUCAGGUUUUGAAGGGAGAGACACAUAAGUCAGGCGUUUUCUCUGGUAUGUGAGUUUGCCUCCCUGACUGUGAUGUGGGGGUCUGGUACUGGGCAGUUGACGACAGACACGACGUCGAGCAUGAUGAUGACGAUGAGGUGAACUAAAAGGUGUCACGUGAUUAUAAAAACACUUGUUUUCCUCAUAAUCAAAGAGUUAGUCGGAGUUGCCGUUUAUCUCCACCACAGAACUAACGGUCAAGUUUCGUGACGUACACUGGAGAAAGAGGGGUUAAUAUUCUAGAACACUGGCUACAGACACUGCCUCCCACUGAUGUGAUGUUGUUAAAGGGAGACCACUGUCAGCAAUGUCCAGUCAUCCGUCACCUGCUACACAACAGGCUGUGACCUUAGCAGAAGCUCAGACAUUCUGGCUCCAGUGGGUUGAGGCCGCGUUCCCUGAUCUCGAGUCACGCGCCUACUUCCUGCCUCCUGUCUACUUCAACCGCGUGCCCAUGACUAGACAGUCGGUUGGUGGUCAGGAUGUUCUGGUCCUUUGGUCAGCACCUGGACAGGCCGGUCAGUCCAACCAACAGGCGAUGGCUUCAUCUGCUGCUGCUCAGGCUCCCAGUCCUCAGCUUCCUCGAGUUCAGGACAGUGAUGUCAGAGACGAUGCCGCCAUGCAGCGCGUCCACAUGUGUCUGCAGAAAAUGGCAGAACAAAAUAAAGAAGUUUUGGUAGGACUUAAUCAGUUGAAGUUCGAAGAAUGUUUAGGUGAACCUUGUUACUCAGCCGUGGCUGGCCAUCUUCCCGUAGCCGACAGUCUUCCGUCGUCAUUUCCAGAAAACUGGAAACGAGGAGACUUUGAUGUGCUUCUUCUUCACCGACAUCACGGGUUAGUCGUCUGUGAAGUGAAAACGUUUGGUGACAAUAUACAUAAACUUAACAUGUCACAGCAGAAUAUAGACAGCAACAUUAGACAGAAACUGAAACAGGCCGUGUCACAGCUGGACAAGGCGGAGGCCAUGUUGUCUCACCUGGUGUCCGACAUCGCUCCCGGUCUGCGCAUCACUAAGAUCAUCGCUUUACCCAACCUCACGACUCAUCAACUUCAACAGGCCAUCUCCGGCGACACCCAAAUGACUCAAGACCUGUGUCAGUGUCUGGGAACAUCAGACCCCGCCGACAUCGUAGGUCUGUGUCUGUGCUGUGAUCAGUUGUCUGACCCCAAGACCCCGUGUGACGUCAGUAGUCACGUGCUGAGGGAACUCGGACACUGGUGGCAGCGACGUGUGGCUGGGGCUGGACCUGACCCUCACAUGACUUUUGUCCUGUACAAGACUUUGGUUGCCCGGUUUGUGGUCCGGCGACAACAGUGAGUGUGCCAUGCACAUGUCCUCCACGUGUGAGUGUCAA